AUAAAAAUGGUUCCUGGCUGAAGCAGGGCAGGUCCUGGCUGUGGAGCAGCACCUAGACCUCCAGCAGGAUGGGGGUGGCCCAGCUGACCACUCUCCUGGCUUUGGUGUCCAUGCUUAGGGCCCAGGUGGUGUGGCUGGGGAAACUGGAUCCCAAGCAGGUGAUUCCUCUGGCCAGCAGGGCGGACCUGGGGUGCCAGGCCCCUCCUGGGAGGCCACACAGCUCCUGGGUCCCCCAUGGCGAGGCCAGACCAGCAUCAGGGAUAGGGGGCUGCACGAGGGCCUGGGACUCCCCAGCAGCGAGGAUGCCCUGGGAGGACAGCCGGGACCUCUCUGCUACCUGCCUCCAUGCAGCUGCUGGGGUCCUGGUACAUCCUCGCCGUGGCCUCCAGUGAGAGGGACUUCGUGCUGGAAAAGGACACGAGGAUCGUGGAGGGUGUGGUGGUGACGCUCAGCGCAGAGAACGGGCUCAAGGUGCUGUCUUCUCGGCUGGGGCCGGACGGCUGCAACCAGAUGGAGUUGGAGCUGCAGCAGCAGGACUCGGGAUGGGUGUUCCAGAACCCCUCUCUGGGCGUGCUGCAGUACCGGGUGCUGGGCACCAACUUCAGAGACUACGCCAUUGUCUUCACGCAGCUGGAGCUCGAGGGCGAAGCCUUCAACACCGUGGAGUUGUACAGUCGGACAGAGACGGCUAGCGAGGAGGCCCUGCAGCUCUUCAACAAGUGGAGCAAGGACCUGGGCUUCUGGGCCCACCAGCAGGCCAAGCUGCAGAGGGACUUCACCUGUGCACAAAGGAUCCUCCAGCAGUGAAGGCACCGCAGCGUGCUGGCCGGGGAGGAGCUGGUGUUGGGCUGGCCGCUCCCGCGGCCUCUCUGGACCCAGAAUAAAAAGA